AUGCACGGAGAUAAUAAGACCUUUUCCAGUGAUUUCACCCUCACAGGGCUCUUCACUAACAAUAAAGCCUCUGGAUUCCUUUUCAGUGUCAUUUGUGCCAUCUUCUUCAUGGCCAUGAUAGCUAAUGGGGUCAUGAUCUUCCUGAUCCACAUAGACCCUCACCUCCACACCCCCAUGUAUUUCCUGCUCAGCCACCUGUCCUUCAUUGACAUGAUGUUCAUCUCCACCAUUGUUCCCAAGAUGCUGGUUGAUUAUCUUGUGGGCAAGGGGACCAUCUCCUUCUUUGCCUGUACAGCCCAGUACUUUCUCUAUCUGGGCUUUGUAGGGGCUGAAUUUUUCCUGCUGGGACUCAUGGCCUAUGACCGAUAUGUGGCUAUCUGCACCCCACUCCGCUAUCCUGUGGUCAUGAGCCAUCGGGUCUGUUGGGUGAUAUUAACCACCUCUUGGUUUGGUGGUGCUUUAGACAGCUUCCUCCUUACUCCUAUAACCAUGAGUCUACCAUUUUGUGCUUCACACAAAAUCAAUCACUUCUUUUGUGAGGCACCCACCAUGCUGAGGUUGGCCUGUGGUGACAAAGCUGUAUACGAAACCGUGAUGUACAUUUGCUGUGUCAUGAUGCUGCUAAUCCCCUUUUCUGUUGUAAUUGCUUCCUAUGCCCGGCUUCUCAUCAUAGUUCACCAGAUGAAAUCAGCAGAAGGGAAGAAGAAGGCCUUUGCUACGUGCUCUUCACACAUGAUGGUGGUGAUGUUGUUCUAUGGGGCUGCUCUAUACACAUAUAUGCUUCCCCAGUCUUACCACACCCCAGUCAAAGACAAGGUCUUCUCUGCCUUUUACACUAUCCUCACUCCCUUGUUAAACCCUCUUAUCUACAGCCUGAGAAACAGAGAUGUGAGUGGGGCCUUAAAGAGGGCUUUGGCCAGAUGUCAAAGGAACCAUGGUGUGACAAGAGAAGAAUUCUGA